AUGGGGCGGAGGUAUAAAGCACACCUGAAUAGAAGAGCAAGAGAAAAAAGUUAUUCAAUUGAUUUGAAUGAAACUGCUGAUCCAGGAGAAUCUAUAUCGGAGGAGAACUAUGUUCAAACAAUUACCGAAGUGAGUGUGGUUACUGGAAAGCCUAUGGAAAAUGACGAAAACAUAAUGGGACGAACCUUCAAGUCUGACGAUGAUGCAUAUGAAUUUUAUAAUGCUUAUGCAAGGACAGUUGGAUUCAGCGUGAGAAAACAAUAUGCUUCAAAAAGAAAAGCAGAUAAAGAAGUUAUGGGAAGGAUAUUUUGUUGUUCGCGUGGAGGAGAACGCGAAAAACACCCUAGGGGGACACCAACUAAACCUCGAGCGCUGAAGCGAACUGGUUGUAUGGCAAGAAUGUGA